AUGCCUUCCACCCACAAGAAGGAAAAGCCGUGGGACACGGACGAUAUUGAUAAAUGGAAGGUCGACAACUUCACGUCCAAGGACAAUGCUGGCGGCACAUUCGCAGAGGAAUCGUCCUUUGUGACGUUGUUCCCUAAGUACCGCGAAGUCUACCUGAAAGAAGCCUGGCCUCUCGUGACCAAGUCGCUCGAAAAGCACGGCAUUGCCUGCACACUCGAUUUGGUUGAAGGUUCAAUGACCGUCAAGACGACCCGAAAGACGUUUGACCCAGCAGCGGUUCUGAAUGCCCGCGACCUCAUCAAGCUCUUGGCUCGAAGCGUCCCGGCCCCGCAGGCGGUCAAGAUUCUUGACGAUGGAAUGGCAUGCGACGUCAUCAAGAUUCGAAACCUCGUCGGCAGCAAAGACAGAUUCGUCAAGCGACGACAAAGAAUACUGGGACCGAACGGAUCGACCCUCAAGGCGCUCGAACUCCUCACCGAGACGUAUAUUCUUGUUCACGGAAACACCGUCUGUGCCAUGGGUGGCUACAAGGGCCUCAAAGAAAUCCGCAGAAUUAUCGAGGACUGCAUGGCCAACGUCCACCCCAUCUACCACAUCAAGGAGCUCAUGAUCAAGCGCGAACUCGCCAAGGAUCCUGAACUUGCCAACGAGAGCUGGGAUCGCUUCCUUCCCAACUUCAAGAAGAAGACGCUCAGCCAUCGUCGUGUUCCCCACAAGGUCACAGACAAGGCUAAGAAGGUGUACACGCCGUUCCCGCCUGCACCUGAGAAGAGCAAGGUCGACAAGCAGAUUGAGAGCGGUGAGUAUUUCCUGGGCAAGCAGGCCAAGGAGAGGGCGGUUAAGGAGGAACGAAAGGAGAAGCAAAAGGUGCGUAAGGAAGAGAAGGCAAAGGAGCGAGAGGCGGAGUUCGUACCACCAGAGGAGGAUAGGCCAAAGAAGAAACGAAAGAAGUCGUCGGAGUAA